UGCUUAUGCGAUGAAAUCAUGGGAACUGGGAACAGUUUCCCUUUCACAGUUUGCGGAUUUUAAAAGAUUGAAGAACGUUUAGUUAUGACUAGUUAUACUGUGCUACUAUUUCUUAAAAGUUAAAACUAAAGAUUGAAUUACCCAUGUAAAAUUUACCGUAAAUUAAAUUUCUGUAAUUAUUAGUCAGAAUGAGUGACAGAAAAGGAGAAAACUGGCCCAAGGAAGAAGGGCAGCAAGGCAGGUCCCCUGCGGAGGAGGACGAAGCAGGGCCAGCCGCAGGAAGUUCUUCGGGAUCUCGCAGAGGAAGUCAACUCGAGAAAAUUCAAAAUUUUGUCACCAGUGCGUUUAACAAAUUGAGCUUUGGGUCCUCCAAAUCAAAGAUCUUCGAAGAAUCCACAAUUGAGGGCGUGGCGAGCUACAUGAAAUCUGAAAAAUGCAAACAUGUGAUUGUGAUGGCAGGAGCAGGCAUUUCUACUUCUGCUGGAAUUCCAGAUUUUCGAAGUCCUGGUUGCGGACUGUACGACAACAUUCAACGCAUUUAUCACCUUCCCGAUCCUCAAUGUAUGUUUGAAAUUGGGUUUUUCCGUCAAAAUCCUGCACCGUUUUUUACACUAGCAAAGGAUUUGUUUCCAAAAGAACUGAUACCAACACUGUCUCAUAAUUUUGUUCAGUUGUUGCAUAAUAAGGGAUAUCUUUUGAGACAUUACACACAGAAUAUUGAUGGGUUGGAAAGGAUUGCGGGGGUCCCGAGUGGGAAAAUAGUCGAGGCUCACGGGUCAUUUCACACUUCCCAUUGCAUCAAAUCUUCGUGUCACAAGGAAUAUACUUUUGAGUGGAUGAAAGAACAAAUCACAAAAGGGGCGGUCCCCAAGUGCUCAGACUGUAAUUCUACAGUGAAACCGGAUGUAGUGUUUUUUGGUGAAUCCCUUCCACCCAGAUUUUUUUCGUGUGCGAUGACCGACUUUCCCCAAUGCGACUUGUUGAUCAUAAUGGGAACGUCUUUGGUUGUACAGCCUUUUGCCUAUUUGGUUAACCAGGUCUCAGCCGAUACGCCGAGGGUCCUGAUUAAUCGGGAGAUAGUUGGUACCGCCGAUCAAUAUGAAUUCCUUGAUUUGCUUCAAAAGUUUAACACUCAUUCGGACUUUGAUGCAGGAGCUGGCUCAAUCUUUUCAAAAGGAUUGGAUUUCAAGUCAGAAAGAAACAGGGACGUUGCCAUUUUAGGAGAUUGUGAUGAUGGUGUUCUGCGUCUGGCAGAGGCACUUGGAUGGAAAAAUGAUUUGCUAAAACUUCAAUCGCAAAGCAAACAGGCACAAAUUCCUAAUUCUCCUGUGUCUGCCAAUGUUGGAUCCGCAUAAAUAAUUUUAUCGAUCUAAUGCCUGUGGUAUCGCUUUACAUGACGAUUAGCUUUAACAUGAAGAACUAGUUUUGUGACGCAAUAUAUAAAAUACAAUGUAUUAAGUUACUGUAAUAAUAUUAUUAUAGACGAUUUUUACAUGGCUUUAAGUCAGAAAAUAUUUAUUAAUUUUAAUUCGCAAGAAAGUGAUGCGACAGUCCUCUUCCACAAAUACAGUAUAUAUGGUGUGUUGUAUAAUGGGUUUAGGAAGUUCUUAUUGGGAGUGAGUUAAUUACGAUUACGAAAAUAUAUGUAUAAUAUUUACUAAUA